CUUGACUGGACCGCGAUCGAUCUCCGCGUUGCACGCCAUGGCCUUGCCCGCUGCGAUGAAGUCGAUGAAGGCCAUCGACAGGGGCACGGGCCCCCGAGAUCCGAAGGCGCCAGCCAUGAAGGCGGCCAUGAAGGCGAAGAAGGUGACGAAGAUCGCGCGAGGCCGCAUGGCCAAGUCCAUGGUCUUCAAGGGCAGAAAGGCCAAGACUUCGGGCGGCCUCACCAAGGACUCCUUGAUGGUGAACAAGCGUGGGAAGGUGGUCUCCAAGCUCCGGUCUGCCAAGGGCAAGAAGAGCUUCAAGCACAUCGAGAGCUGGGUUGAGGCUGUCAUGGAGGCCCGUGCUGCCUUCAAUGCCAAAGGCUUCGUGGCCAUCAACGGCAAGACGCUGCAGGGCAAGGCCCUGUACGCCAAAGCCAAGGCCAUCCGCGCCUCCGCACAGGCCCCCUUGCCCGCGCCAGCCGCGAUGGCCUGAUCUGUUGAUCUGGCAGAAGGGCAUUUCCAUCCAGUCAUUGGCUGAAAGCAGCUUUGCUGGAGUUGCUCCGCGCUGUUGUAGGCUUCAUGG